AUGCCGGUAUCACCGAGUCUAAAGUGUGCAAGGGAACGGAUGUUGACCGAUCAGGCUCGGCAUCCCGAUGCCGAGAAUGCAACAACCCAGCCCAACGAUCUACAUGACAUUACUAGUAUGGGUAGUGUCCCGAGCCCGGCAUCGGCCAGGGACCCUACGGAAACUUCUCAAAAUAUAGAAGCUUCAGCUGGUUCCUCAUCAGAUCCCCCUACCAGCGGGGAGAGAUCCGGGGGAAAUGGCGAGAAGGAGGCCAAAAUGAGCAAGAGCAGAAUUGCUGUGAUUAUGACAGCCCUCUGUUUGGCUGUGUUUCUUGCUGCGCUUGAUAUGACGAUCAUUACCACAGCACUACCGACAAUUUCAGAGCAAUUUAAAGUGUCCCAGGGAGAUUAUACCUGGAUAGGAUCAGCCUACACGCUUGGUGCUGCCGCCUCAAUGCCGUCAUGGGGCAAAAUAAGUGAUAUAUUUGGACGAAAGCCAAUCUUACUGCUGGCGAAUGUUGUUUUCUUCGUUGGGUCGUUGAUAUGCGGACUAAGCAUCAACAUCAAGAUGCUGCUUGCGGGACGAGCGGUCCAAGGUAUCGGAGGGGGCGGGUUGCUUUCCCUGGUGAAUAUUAGCAUUGGCGAUUUGUUUAGUAUGAGAACGAGGAGUGUCUACUACGCCAUGGUUGGUAUGGUAUGGGCUAUUGCCGGCACACUCGGCCCUGUGAUUGGCGGUGCCUUUACACAGUAUGUCUCGUGGCGUUGGUGCUUCUAUGUAAACUUGCCUAUUGACGGAGUUGCUUUCGUCAUUAUCCUAUUCUUUCUCAAAAUCCAAACGCCCAAAACCCCAUUCCUCGCCGGACUCCGCGCCAUUGACUGGUUUGGCUCUAUUACAGUUGUUUGUGGAACAGUCAUGUUUCUCCUUGGCCUUGAUUACGGCGGCGUUUCAUUCCCCUGGACAUCUGCAACUGUUAUAUGUUUGAUCGUGUUCGGGGUUGUGACGCUGGGGAUAUUCGUGAUCAUCCAAUGGAAGGUUGCCGCUUACCCCAUCAUCCCGCUCUGGCUUUUCAAACAGCGCUCGACUGUUGCGGCAUAUGGCGCAGCUCUAUUCCACGGGUUCGUCUUUACGAGUGAUUCGUUCUUCCUACCACUCUACUUCCAGGUUAUUAUCGGAGCUUCGCCGCUCCAGUCCGGUAUUUAUCUUUUCCCCUCAGUCAUUUCAAUGGCACUCGCCUCCGCAUCAACAGGCAUUUUCAUUCGAAAAACAGGCCAAUAUCUCCCAGUCAUCUGGCUCGGGUUCACCGUGAUGCUGCUCGGCCACGGGUUAUAUAUCGACCUGCCCUCACAAACAUCCUGGCCCCGUAUCAUCAUAUACCAGAUAAUUUCGGGCCUUGGUAUCGGCCCCAAUUUUCAAGCUCCCCUCAUCGCAUUGCAAAGCCAUAUCAAACCAGGCGAUAUCGCAACAGCUACCUCUACAUUUGGGUUCUGCCGAAACAUUGCCAGCAGCGUUUCCGUUGUCAUUAGCGGUGUGAUCUUCCAGAACCACAUGAAAUCAAGGCUUGAUAAACUAUCCGGUCAGCUACCGCCACAAGUUAUCCAACAGUUAGGCGCAACUUCCGCAGGUGCCAGUGCGGGAAUUGUAAAUUCGCUACCGGAAGAUCAGAAGAGGCCUAUCCUAGAGGCCUAUACUAACGCUUUGCAGAUGAUGUGGGUGUUUUAUACGGUGUUGUCGGCGGGGGGGUUAGCUGUGAGCCUACUGAUUGGGAGGCAGACUUUGAGGAAAGAGCAUGAGGUUACGAAGACGGGAUUGGAUGUUCAGGCGAGAGAGCGAGACGAGAGGCUUCAGAGGGAGAAAGACAAGAAGCUUGAGAAGGAGGAAAAGAAGAGAAUGGAUAAUGCAACAGGAAUAUCGAUACAGAAAUGA